AGCCGCCGCCGCCGCCGCCGCCGCCGCCGCCGCAGCCACAGCACCAGGGCUCCUGAGAUACCUCAGACUUAGUUGGCAACAUGGCUCCUUCUCUGAAGCUCUUCAAAAACCAAAAGUACCAAGAACUGAAGCAGGAAUGCGUCAAAGGUGGACGGCUUUUCUGCGACCCCACCUUCCUGCCAGAGAAUGAUUCUCUGUUUUUCAACCGUCUGCUUCCAGGAAAGGUUGUGUGGAAACGUCCUCAGGACAUUUCUGAUGACCCCCAUUUGAUUGUGGGCAACAUCAGCAACCACCAGCUGAUCCAGGGGAGACUGGGGAACAAGUCAAUGAUCCCUGCAUUUUCCUGUUUGGCUGUUCAGGAGUCACACUGGACAAAGGUAAUUCCCAACCAUAAGGAACAGGAAUGGGAUCCUCGAAAGCCAGAAAAAUAUGCUGGAAUAUUUCGCUUCCGUUUCUGGCAUUUUGGAGAAUUUACUGAGGUGGUAAUUGAUGACUUGCUGCCCACCAUCAAUGGAGAUCUGGUCUUCUCAUUCUCCACCUCCAUGAAUGAGUUUUGGAAUGCUCUCCUGGAAAAAGCUUAUGCAAAGAUGCUAGGCUGUUAUGAGGCCUUGGAUGGUUUGACCAUUACUGAUAUCAUCAUGGACUUCACGGGCACAUUGGCUGAAAUCGUUGACAUGCAGAAAGGAAGAUACACUGAUCUUGUUGAGGAGAAGUACAAGCUGUUCCGAGAGCUGUACAAAACCUUCACCAAAGGGGGUCUAAUUUGUUGCUCCAUUGAGUCUCCCAACCAGGAGGAACAAGAAGUUGAAACAGACUGGGGCCUACUGAAGGGCCAUACCUAUACCAUGACUGAUAUUCGCAAGCUCCGCCUUGGAGAAAGACUCGUGGAAGUCUUCAGUGCUGAGAAGCUGUAUAUGGUUCGCCUGAGGAAUCCACUGGGAAGACAAGAAUGGAGUGGCCCCUGGAGUGAAAUUUCUGAAGAGUGGCAGCAACUGACUGUAACAGAUCGCAAGAACCUGGGGCUUGUCAUGUCUGAUGAUGGAGAGUUUUGGAUGAGUCUGGAAGAUUUUUGCCAAAACUUUCACAAACUGAAUGUCUGCCGCAAUGUGAACAACCCUGUUUUUGGCCGCAAAGAGCUGGAAUCAGUGGUGGGAUGUUGGACUGUGGAUGAUGACCCUCUGAUGAACCGAUCAGGUGGUUGCUAUAACAACCGUGAUACCUUCCUGCAGAAUCCUCAGUACAUCUUCACUGUGCCUGAGGAUGGCCAUAAGGUCAUAAUGUCACUGCAGCAGAAGGACCUACGCACUUACCGCCGAAUGGGAAGACCUGACAAUUACAUCAUUGGUUUUGAGCUCUUUAAGGUGGAGAUGAAUCGCCGAUUCCGCCUUCACCAUCUGUAUGUUCAGGAGCGUGCUGGGACUUCCACCUAUAUUGACACCCGCACUGUGUUUCUGAGCAAGUAUCUGAAGAAGGGCAACUACGUGCUUGUCCCAACCAUGUUCCAGCAUGGCCGCACCAGCGAAUUUCUACUCAGAAUCUUCUCUGAAGUGCCUGUCCAGCUCAGGGAGCUGACAUUGGACAUGCCCAAGAUGUCUUGCUGGAACCUGGCACGUGGCUACCCAAAGGUGGUUACCCAGAUCACUGUUCACAGUGCUGAGGGCCUGGAGAAGAAGUAUGCCAAUGAACCUGUAAAUCCAUAUCUGAUCAUCAAGUGUGGAAAGGAAGAAGUCCGAUCCCCUGUCCAGAAGAAUACUGUGCAUGCCAUUUUUGACACACAGGCCAUUUUCUACAGAAGGACCACUGACAUUCCUAUUAUCAUCCAGGUCUGGAACAGCAGAAAAUUCUGUGAUCAGUUCCUGGGGCAGGUUACUCUGGAUGCUGACCCCAGUGAGUGCCGUGAUCUGAAAUCUCUGUACCUGCGUAACAAGGGUGGUCCCACUGCCAAAGUCAAGCAAGGCCACAUCAGCUUCAAAGUUAUCUCUAGCGAUGAUCUCACUGAGCUCUAAAUAUCCAAUAUCAGAGAAUCCUGACAGUUUUCCAUCUUUUUAUGUCAGGUACCAGGUCUUAGCUAAAAUUCACAGUUACUGAAACUCCACAUUUAUUAACGUUUCCUCUUUUCUGAUGUUUCCCAUACCUCCCGAUCCAAGUAGCAUCAGUAGCUACAGAACCUAUAUACCUCCAGCAGCUGGACAGGGGGAGGUGACAGUCCCAUCUGGAGAUCACACGUUUGCUGAGAAAAGAUCCUUA